AUGCCAGGCUCGGGUGAUUCUCCUCCAAUCAACCACCAAGGCUUACCUCAAGGAUUGGGAAUCACUUCUAACCAAACCAGUGGUCGUGCUACACCUAGGGAUUCCCUUGGUGGUCAGAAUACAGGCUCUAGAGUCAAUAACCCUAGAAUUAGAUCGAGUCCACAGAUGCAGCAACAAGACGGCGCCAAUAAUCCUAAUUUCAGACCAGGGAACACCCUGAUGCAACAGCAGAUGGGAAUCAAUAUGCUGCAUCAACAUCGAAUCGAACAACAGCAAGCUCAAAAUUUACAGAGACAGUAUCAUCAAACGGAGCAAUAUCGAGCACAGCAACAAUUACAACAGCAGCAGUAUGCAGCUCAGCAACAAAUGCAGCGAAAUCAAGCACAGCAGCAACGAAUGCAACAGCAGCAUGUUGGCCAGUUGCAAACAUUUCAACCAGUACACAUGCUGCCAGGAGAUAUUCCCAACCCGAGCCCGACCGCGAUGAGACUAAAUGGUGGACAAAUGGAACCUGCAUUCCAACAACUUUUCAGCAUGCCCCCCACACAACUCAGUAUGAAGAAUGGAAGGCCAAAUACCUUUGCUCCUGCCGCCCCAACCAGCGAGCAACCACGAGUCUCCACUCAACAACCAGAGCAGGAAGAAGCAGAGGAGGAGGAGACCGGUUAUGAAUCCACCUGUCUCAGUCUCAGUAUCAAUUCUCCCUUGACUAUCACCGGCGAUGACAACAUAAUCACUUUCCACCCUGCCCCACAAGUCCAAAAAAUCACAGAUGCAAUCCUCAAAUCUCUGCAUUCUGCGUCUGAAGGAUCACGCGGUAUUCCAAUGGGUGAUGCUGACGGAAUUCCUAGAGGGAUCAAAGUUGAAGUUAGCGCUGCUGUGACAAUCAAUGGAAAGCAUAAUAUUCUAGGAGAGGAAGCCGUCAAGAUCUGGGGUCAAAAGGUCAAAGGGGACGCAUUGACGGCACAGACGCAAGCUCAGAGAAUGUUGGCACAGGCUCAUAUCCAGUCUCAAGCUACCGCGCAGGCUCAAGGACAGGGACAAGGACAAGGACAAGGACCGAAGAAUGGAACAGCAAGCAUGGAGUCAACUGUGCAAAGAAACGCUCAGACGGUCGAUAGUAUUAUCCAAGCUCGCGAACAAGCUCUUGUGACACAGAGACAGAUACAGAAUGAGUUAGCGGCGCAGGAACAAGAAUUUCCAAGCCCACAGGAACCAUUCCAGACAAAUGGAGAUGGAAAUGGGAGUGUACGAGGACAAGCCCAUCCACACUGGAGUAUGCCAUUACAAGCUUCCAUCCAACAACAGCCCAAAGCACAAGAAGGAAGAACAAAACCGCAGAUGGGUAUUUUCCCUGCUGGUCCCUCAAAGGAUUUUGGCAAGAGAGCUAGAGAGUCUAGCGUUAGUCAACACGACGAAGAGGUGAAUAAGAAAACGAAGAUGGAUAUGUAG